AUGACCGAGUUCGCGCAGACUGGUAUCCGACUGCAACAGCUGAAGUGUCUAAAAGCCAACGCGUCUUGGUCUACGGUGUAUCCCAAGCGAGAGUCUUACAGAUACGACUUCGUACCUUUGGCACUGGACCGAACCACGAUUCAUCGCGAAAAUCCGGACUCUCGCUCUUUCACUUCCUAUUCACCGCCUUAUAACAACUUUCCUCCCUUGCGGCACAGCUGUCACCCCUACUUCGUAAUAGUCUCCGCUAUACAGGCGUACGAAGCUCACCUAUCCAAAGACCUCACAGAUCAACACUGGGAUGUAUACGCGAGGCUGCGUUUGAUUGCCUCUCUUUGGGAAGAUCUGAAAGGUUUCCCGUUGGACGAGAACGCGCUUUUUUCUCUUCCUGCAGAUCAACUCAAGUCAUCAUCGCCCUCAGCUGCGGAAUCUACUGACGGCUCUCGAGAAGUGCUUCCUCACAGUACAGCAUCGACUAAAUUGGGGGCCGAGGCAACUUCACCCAAUGCGACCGGUGUUGGGCUUUCCUCCACGACCUCUUGGUCUUCCCCGAAACUCGCAGGUUUCAUUGUACCUCCUCCAUCAAUCAGGCCUGCCAGUGGAAUUGCCGCUUUACCAGCACCUCAGACCCCGAGUGCUUCCCCGGCUACGAAGUCGAAGAAGUCGAAGAAGUGGACUGGCUCUACAACGAGUGGGACACCCACCGCCAGCUCGUCGAGCCCGUCGAAUGUGAUACAUAGUCCUUCUCAUGCUGGAACUGGCGUACCUCGAGAUCCGACAGCGAUUCCAUCUACCCGCAACUCUCAUACCAAUAGUUCGACUUCCGCCUCUCCUCUUUUCCCCACGACACCAUCUACGACGGCCUCUCAAACUACCGGACGAGGGUUUAACCGUGACAUACCUGCUCAUUUUGGACCCAGUCAAAAUCUUCCGAUAUUCGAAGCUUUCACCGAGAAGGAAUGGGCAAACGCUGGCAUCGCUUUGGAAUAUCAAUGUCUCACUGUAACGCCUAGAUACAGUCACAAGUCACUAGAGGAGUGGAGGGUCGACGCCUAUCGUGGCAGUUACAAACCUUGGCCUACGAGGGCUGCCCAACCUUUCCCUUCAUUCAUACCCCUGAAUCCAUUGGGCACUUCAACAAACCCGCAGCUGCAUGCUCAAUAG